AUGAAGGCAGUCGACUUUGUGCGCUCGCAGUUCAAGAAGCUGCCCUACCCGUCUGAGGACUGCGGAGGCCGCACCAUCAUCGUGACGGGCUCCAACGUCGGCCUCGGCCUCGAAGCGGCGCGCCACUUCGUGCGGCUUAACGCGGGCAAAGUCAUCCUGGCGGUCCGCAGCACCGACAAAGGCGAGGCGGCCAAGACGGACAUUGAGCUGACGACGGGCCGGCGGGACGUGCUCGAGGUGUGGCCGCUUGACCAGGCGUCGUUCGAUAGCGUUAAGGAGUUCGCGGCGCGGGCGGAUAAGCUGCCGCGACUCGACUACGUGGUGCUCAACGCCAGCAUCGCAACCUCCAAACGGACGGAGGCGGAGGGGUGGGAGUCGCAGGUGACGGUGAACGUGCUGAGCACGUUCCUGCUGGGGCUGAAGCUGCUGCCGGUGUUGCGGCGGACGGGCACGACGUUCAACGUAACGCCCAAGAUUGUGAUUACGGCUUCGGACGCGAGCCAGAUGGUGAGUCCCUCAUCCUCGUACAUCUCGGGCUUGUCGGUCCUGGCGUCGAGCUGGAUCCUGAUCUUUGGGCGGGGACAGGCCAAGUUCCACGAGCGCAACGACGAGGACAUUUACAAGGCGCUCAACGUCAAUAAGAGCCUCACGGACCGGUACAACACGACGAAGCUGAUGCAGAUCAUCAUCGCGCGGCAGAUGGCCAUCGCGGCGGACGCGUCGGGCAAGGGCAAGGUGCAGGUGACGACGCUGAACCCGGGUCUCUGCGCGACGGCGCUGUUCCGCAACGUGCCGUUCCCGCUGACGGUGGUGGUCAAGGUCGGGCUGAAGCUGUUUGCGCGGUCGGCGGAGGUCGGGUCGCGGACCAUCAUGGCGGGCGCAUUCGCCGGGGAGGAGGCUCACGGGAGGUACAUGAGCGACUGUAUCGUUGUCAAGUUCCCGAAGCUGAUGCAGGGGGAGGAGGGCGAGGCCAUGCAGACCCGGCUCUGGGAGCAGACGGUGGAGUUGCUGGACGGGGUUGAUCCCGGGCUCUCGAAGAACUUGUAG